CAAUAAAAGUCUACUUAAGGCUUAUUUUUUUUUUUGUUGUUGUUGCUGUGCUGGACAGUAUUAAACACUGACAGUGCUGAAUGAACACUUAUAAUAAGGACAAGAAAUAAUAAGCAUUAGGAUGUCUGUAUGAUUCGCGCAGCUGCGUGUACAGUGAUCUGGGAGGUUUUUUUUCUUAAAUGAGUGUAAUGCUGAAGGAAUCGGGGACAGUGGAGGAUGUCCUUGGGGUUUAGGUUGCUGCUGGAUGAAACCUGAAGCGCUGAGUGUGUGCGGCGGAGGGAACGGCGCCUUCUCGACGUCAGCGCGCGAGCGCGGCACGGGGCUCGCGUGUCACUCAGCCCCGGUUUGGCCAUCUCACAUCGAGAUGGACACAGCGGAAACCACACGGCUCGUUUAGAGUUUUUUUUUUUUUUUUGCAAAACAUCCUUUUCUUCCUGCAUGGAUUGUUAUCCAAGCUGAGGAGCAUUUUACCGAACCCUAAUGUGUGCAAGAACCGAGGAGUUAAAAACGCGCGCGCUGGGAAAAAAAAAAAAAAUAGACAAGCUCUCAAACCCGUGCUGUAAGUUAUUUCUUAUAUAAGAUGCAUGGAAUGGCAAGAAAGGAAUAAGCUGAUGGAAAAACAGUAGGGAAAAGGUGCUUUUCCCCCCUCUUAAGGAGAGUAUACUCGGCUCUUGGGAAUACAGAUGUUGCCUGCAUAACGCACAAAUCAUGUAAUCUGGCACUGAUGCGCUUUACGAGGGGAUUCUUCACUUAAUUUAACGUGUCAGUGUGACUGAAACGCAGCCGUGAGCUUUGGAUGACUCUGGAUGGCUGUGCUGGAAAGCUGAACAUGUCAGUGACCGGAGAAUAGAAGAGGAAAAUUUAGGAACAUAAUUUGGAUGCAGCAAGGAAACCAACUGAUGCUGCCACAUGUCUUCAAACAACAUUGUGGGAAAUAAAUGUUUGAGGUUUUGGCUGUGAGAAUACUAAACAAAACCUCAAGUACUGAACAGGAAAAGACACUGGAUGCCAGUGAGCUUAUCACCUAUCAGGUUCUGUGCUCAGACUUUCAGUGGGUUCCUGCCUGUUAUGAUGCAGUAAUUUCUGGAAGGAAAAAAACUGGCAGUGAUGGAUUUGAAUUUAACAGUGAUUGACAGCGGUUUGUUGGAGAGUGACCAAUCAACGCAAGUUCUCACCGGCUGCUUCCUGUCUCUCCUCAUUCUUUCCACCCUUCUGGGAAACAUGCUAGUUUGCGCAGCGGUCACCAAAUUCCGCCAUCUCCGCUCCAAAGUCACUAACUUCUUCGUCAUCUCACUGGCCGUGUCAGAUCUGUUGGUCGCCAUCUUGGUCAUGCCUUGGAAGGCUGUAACAGAAAUCGUUGGCUUCUGGCCUUUUGGCUCGUUCUGUGACAUCUGGGUGGCUUUUGAUAUCAUGUGCUCAACCGCAUCCAUCCUCAACCUUUGUGUUAUCAGUGUAGACCGGUACUGGGCCAUUUCCAGCCCAUUCCGCUAUGAGAGAAAGAUGACUCCCAAGGUGGCAUUUGUGAUGAUCAGCACAGCUUGGACCCUGUCUGUGCUCAUCUCCUUUAUCCCAGUGCAGCUGAACUGGCACAAGGCACAGCCAGCAAGCUUCCCGUUGCAGAAUACUUCUCAUGGGGCACCUUUAUUGGACAACUGUGACUCUAGUCUCAACCGAACCUAUGCCAUUUCUUCCUCCCUUAUCAGCUUUUACAUCCCAGUGGCCAUCAUGAUUGUGACCUACACACAGAUUUACAGAAUAGCCCAAAAGCAGAUUAAGAGGAUCUCUGCGCUGGAGAGGGCUGCAGAGAGCGCCAAGUUCCGGCACAACAGCAUGGGCAGCAACUGCAAUAUGGACUCUGAAAGCUCCUUUAAGAUGUCUUUCAAGAGGGAGACCAAGGUGCUAAAGACUCUGUCUGUGAUAAUGGGAGUGUUUGUGUGCUGCUGGUUGCCGUUCUUUAUCCUUAACUGCAUGGUGCCGUUUUGCGAGCGUAACCUUCCCUGUAUCAGUCCCACCACCUUUGACAUUUUUGUGUGGUUUGGAUGGGCAAACUCUUCUCUCAAUCCCAUUAUAUAUGCCUUCAAUGCAGACUUCCGCAGAGCUUUUGCCAUUCUAUUGGGCUGCCCUAGGCUUUGCCCGGGUCACAAUGUCAUAGAGACACAUAGCCUGAACAAAAAUUGAAAUUACCCUGCUGCAGGAUUCUCUUCCUCUACGGGGUCAGAGGGUAUUCUUAUUAUGUGAGGGAACCUGCUCCAAAAUGCAGCCUAUUGCACAUUCCCCACUGCCAGAACAAUCAUCUGUACAAGAGGGGUGAAGGGAUUUGGGAUUAAGGCUCUGAGAAGAAAGACCUCCUGCUGUGCUGGGCACCAGUUCUGAUGUUUCUGUUAAGGGGAUAAUCUUUAUGACAGGCAGUGCUCCUGACUCCAAAGACUGAUUGCCUUGAAAUCCUGCAGCUACGGACUAUUUCAGGCAUGAGCAAAUCAUACAACUUCAAAGGACUAGGCCUUUAGGAAUUUUGUAUAUGCUUCUCUGUGAACACGUCUCACUUACGGACCUUACGAAUGAGAAUGGACAAUGAAGAAUGUUUAUAUGGAAAGGAGUUUAAAUGUGACUGAAACCUGCAUAAUGAAUAGUCUAUAUAUAAAGUGGAAUUGAAAGUAAUGACUUCCACUGGGAAACCACAGAAGACAAUGGGACAUACUUUCUCUUGUGCUCUUCUCUCUGUAGCUCAUUUCCAGUUUUUAGGCUCUAAAGGGCCAAGACUUCACUAGAAAGUAGGGGUGGCUGGUCUAAAUGGACUUGCAGGUUUUUCAAAGAUAACAAUACAUCAGUAUAAGGUUUUAUUUUUGGCAUUCACAUCAGAUGAAUUGCUGUUGAAAAAUGUCUUAAGGUGGAUUAUAUUUUUUUAAUUCAAGUGCAACAAAUGUUUGUAGGAAAUAUCCACAGAGUGGUAUAAGUGAUAGUCAUGUGAGGUGGGUUAAAAGGAGUGAAACACCACCUAGAUGUGAUCUCCAUUUGCAUUUCUCUGACAAAUCUGUAACACAUCAUCAUCAGCAGUGAGAAACUGAAACAGGACUUUCAUGAAUUUAGGAAGUUGAAUCAUGAACACAGCUCCCUAUUUGUCAGAAUAGUGUCUAUGUAAUAGUUUAUCCCAUGUCAUAAUUAUUAUGCCAUCAACGAGACCUUGUGAUAGAAUGCGUUGCUCAAAUCUAAAAGUUUCACUGUUGAUCAAUUAAUAGAUACUAGAUUGUAGCCCUAGCAUUUUAACCAACAAUCACUGCCAAGAAAAGGUAUGACAUUUAUUUCUUGGUAAUUGAACAUCAAGAUUAGUAUAAUAUGGUUGGAGAAAACUGCAGAAAAAAAUACAUCUACUUUUCAUAGCAUACCCACUAAACCUUACAUUAUUCAUAAGACGAAGCUUUAUAUCCCAGCUUGUUCCAAAACAAGAGGGCAGAUGGUCAAUUACGAGAUGGUUGUUCCGUGAUUGUCAUAAUGAAUAUGUAUACUGUUCGUUGGUGCCUGUGUUUCUCUAAACUUGCUUUUCUAUUACCAAUCUCUGACAGCUAACUACCAAGACAAACACAACAGAUGGUCAUUAAAUAUGAAAGCAGAGGUGGAAAUGAAUUAUGAUGAAUAAGCCCCAGUGAAUGUGUAUGUGGGUUCGUUGUGAUUAUGACCGCAACUGUGUUCAGAAGAUGCCUAUGCUGCUCAAAGGGUGUUCUACCUUCAUCUCAGCAGCAAACAGCAUCCACUGCUAUAUUAAUUAUUGUGAGUUAUGUGCAAUUCUACAAUGUAGCUGUAUCGCUAAAGUGCUUUGGGACCAAGAACUGAUGAUGUUUAAAAGAAAUGGUGGCUGAUUUUCACAAAAGUUGACCUCAGGAGUGAGAAUAUGAUGUUAGAGGUGUGCUUGCAGUAUCAAAGUGUUUACAGAAUGGAUGUCAAGAUUAUGAUUAACUCCCUCUGUGUUUAACUCAUGAUGGAAUGAUCCUGAAGUUCAUCUAUCAAGAACACUAUAGUACACAAAAUUAGCUAAAUGUAAUUGAAAGCAUUAAAAUACAAACAAGUUAUCAGUACGUCUCAUCAUCUUACUGUAUCACUGAGAAAGUGGUGUCUAUUCACUACCGCCGUUGGAGUAAUCUAGGUGAUUUAGAUAAUCACAGUAAAUGUACUAUUAUACUGUAUGUAAUGUGAGACAUUAAGUAAAAAAAGCUACUAAAUUCAUUGUGGUGUACAAGUAGCUUCAUCUCAGCCUGUGCUGUGAUCAAAGAUGGAUUUCGUCAGUAGAAAGACCCAGAAAAACCUCAGACUAAAUAAGUGGUCAUGCUAUCUGCAACCCACAGUGUCAGAACUUCUUUUCCCUUAACUUUUUGUUGAAUAAAAGUUUGUGUUGGUUUUGUUGCCAUUCUUUCCCUGUCUCGUCUUUAUCUCACGUAAGAGUGAUGAGAGCUUCCCCUGUCAAUGCUACACUGUUCACUGUGAGGAGAGGCCCCGAAACAAGCGCCUGCUGCAUGUCACACUCUCUCUUGUCCUCGGUGCGAUGAGAUGUGAACAGGAAACAAUAGCAGACAGGAGAAACUGGGCCUUGGCAUCCUUUACGAUUUCAUUAGUUUCUACAGCGCUGUGUGACAGAGCACUACUGACAUAAAUACAGAUAAUAAGCUCAAGCCCAACUGGAGGAAGUCCAGAAUCAGGCAGAUUUUUUUACACAGCCAGUCUUUGUGACUGUGUGUUAAAUUCGACCAUGCACAGUAGGGCCUUCCACGCUGUCAUUAGUGGUCAGACUCAGAUUGAAAGCUCUCAUGUCAGACACAAUGGGCAGCAUAUUGAGUGACUCAUUAAAGACUAGACACAGAGUGAAGCACCAAUAUCACAGCAUGUGAGUCACUGUGGUAAUCCAAUGCUGUGUUUGGCAUCUAAGCCACACUUACAAGCCCAGGUAGCAAUGGAAACACUUACUAUAAUUACCUUGCUCAAGUUCAUUAGUAUUUCAUGACAUGCUCAGUGGGGAACACAGUCAGAGCAGUGUUACACAAACACCAAUGGGGUGUAAAUUUAAUUUUUGCUCAUUGAAGGAUGGCACCCUAAUACCUCAUGUUGCUGAUUUUCUUACAGCAAGAUUAGAUUAACGAGUGUAAUACAAUAAACCUGCGUGACAUAAUGACAGCGUUUCCUGUAUGGUUUGCUCAGCACAUCCAAAUUAGCAUAAUAUUAAAAUCUACAUUUUUAUGUUUUCAAUUUAUGAUGAAAUCACACAUGGGUGAGAGGCAUGCUGUUCUUUAUUUAGAACUAGUCUGUUACAAUUCAAGUGACUCUGUGCAUGACCACUGGAUGUCAAGGUCACUGAGUAGCUUUAGGGAGUUCUAUGCUGGCAAGUGUGUGUGUGUGUGUGUGAGAGAGAGAGAGAGAGAGAGAGAGAGAGACAGACAUGCACAACCUGUAUUUUAGAAAUAUCUCCAACUUGGACAAAAUGCUUCAGGUCCUGUAACACUGGGGAAGUCCAGCAGC